GAAACUUGAACAUAACUUCAAAAGAAGAUUUGAUUCUUUAUUUCUGGACUGCAAUUAUAUAACAAGACCAUCAGAAUGUCGGGAGCCUCAGUGAAGGUGGCUGUUCGAGUGCGGCCUUUCAAUUCUCGAGAGACCAGCAAAGAGUCCAAGUGCAUCAUUCAGAUGCAAGGCAACUCGACUAGUAUUGUUAACCCAAAGAACCCAAAGGAAGCUCCAAAGUCCUUCAGCUUUGACUACUCCUACUGGUCUCACACCUCGCCUGAAGAUCCCUGUUUUGCAUCUCAAAACCGUGUGUACAAUGACAUUGGAAAGGAAAUGCUCUUACAUGCAUUUGAGGGAUAUAAUGUCUGUAUUUUUGCCUAUGGGCAGACUGGUGCUGGGAAGUCUUACACAAUGAUGGGUAAACAAGAAGAAAGCCAGGCUGGCAUCAUUCCACAGUUAUGUGAAGAACUAUUUGAGAAAAUCAAUGACAACUGUAAUGAAGAAAUGUCCUACUCUGUGGAGGUGAGCUACAUGGAAAUUUACUGUGAAAGAGUACGAGAUUUGCUGAAUCCAAAAAACAAGGGUAAUUUGCGUGUACGUGAACACCCACUUCUUGGCCCAUAUGUGGAGGAUCUGUCAAAGUUGGCAGUCACUUCCUACACAGACAUUGCUGACCUCAUGGAUGCUGGGAACAAAGCCAGGACAGUGGCAGCUACCAACAUGAAUGAAACAAGUAGCCGUUCCCAUGCUGUGUUUACAAUUGUUUUCACCCAGAAGAAACAUGAUACUGAGACCAACCUUUCCACUGAGAAGGUCAGUAAAAUCAGCUUGGUGGAUCUAGCAGGAAGCGAACGAGCUGAUUCAACUGGCGCCAAAGGGACUCGAUUAAAGGAAGGAGCAAAUAUUAAUAAGUCUCUUACAACUCUGGGCAAAGUCAUUUCAGCCUUGGCGGAGGUGGAUAACUGCACCAGCAAGAGUAAGAAGAAGAAGAAAACUGAUUUUAUUCCCUACAGGGAUUCUGUGCUUACUUGGCUCCUUCGAGAAAAUCUAGGUGGCAAUUCUCGGACUGCAAUGGUUGCUGCUCUGAGCCCAGCAGAUAUCAACUAUGAUGAAACUUUGAGCACUCUGAGAUAUGCAGAUCGUGCAAAACAAAUUAAAUGCAAUGCUGUUAUCAAUGAGGACCCCAAUGCCAAGCUUGUCCGUGAAUUAAAGGAGGAGGUGACGCGACUGAAGGACCUUCUUCGUGCUCAGGGACUGGGUGAUAUCAUUGAUAUUGAUCCAUUGAUCGAUGAUUACUCUGGAAGUGGAGGCAAAUAUCUGAAAGAUUUUCAGAACAAUAAGCAUAGGUACUUGCUAGCCUCUGAGAAUCAACGCCCUGGCAAUUUUUCCACAGCAUCCAUGGGGUCCCUUACUUCAUCUUCAUCUUCCUGCUCACUCAAUAGUCAGGUGGGCUUAACAUCUGUGACCAGUAUUCAGGAGAGGAUCAUGUCUACACCUGGAGGAGAAGAAGCCAUCGAACGUCUAAAGGAAUCAGAGAAGAUCAUUGCUGAAUUGAAUGAAACCUGGGAAGAGAAGCUGCGUAAAACAGAGGCCAUCAGAAUGGAGAGAGAGGCCUUGUUGGCUGAGAUGGGAGUUGCCAUUCGGGAAGAUGGAGGAACUCUGGGGGUUUUCUCACCUAAAAAGACCCCACAUCUUGUUAACCUCAAUGAGGACCCACUGAUGUCGGAAUGCCUGCUUUAUUACAUCAAAGAUGGAAUUACAAGGGUUGGCCAAGCAGAUGCUGAGCGGCGCCAGGACAUCGUGCUGAGUGGGGCUCACAUUAAAGAAGAGCAUUGUAUCUUCCGGAGCGAGAGAAACAACAGUGGGGAUGUUAUCGUGACUCUGGAGCCUUGUGAACGCUCAGAAACCUACGUAAAUGGCAAGAGGGUGGCCCACCCUGUUCAGCUGCGCUCAGGAAACCGUAUCAUCAUGGGCAAAAACCAUGUGUUUCGUUUUAACCACCCUGAGCAAGCACGGGCUGAGCGGGAAAAGACUCCUUCUGCUGAGACCCCCUCUGAGCCUGUAGAUUGGACAUUUGCCCAGAGAGAGCUUCUGGAAAAACAAGGAAUUGAUAUGAAACAGGAGAUGGAGAAAAGGUUGCAGGAAAUGGAAAUCCUAUACAAAAAGGAGAAGGAAGAAGCAGAUCUUCUCUUGGAGCAGCAGAGACUGGACUAUGAGAGUAAAUUGCAGGCCUUGCAGAAGCAGGUUGAGACUCGAUCCCUGGCUGCAGAAACAACUGAAGAGGAAGAAGAGGAAGAAGAAGUUCCUUGGACACAACAUGAAUUCGAGCUGGCCCAGUGGGCCUUCCGGAAGUGGAAGUCUCACCAGUUUACUUCUUUAAGGGACUUACUCUGGGGCAAUGCUGUUUACCUGAAGGAGGCCAAUGCCAUCAGUGUGGAAUUGAAGAAGAAGGUGCAGUUUCAAUUUGUGCUGCUGACUGACACAUUGUACUCCCCUUUACCUCCGGAAUUACUUCCCACUGAUAUGGAAAAAACUCAUGAAGACAGGCCUUUCCCUCGUACAGUGGUGGCAGUAGAAGUCCAGGAUCUGAAGAAUGGAGCAACACAUUAUUGGUCAUUGGAGAAACUCAAGCAGAGGCUGGACUUGAUGCGAGAGAUGUAUGACAGGGCAGGUGAGAUGGCCUCCAGUGGCCAAGACGAAAGCGAAACCACUAUGACGGGCAGUGAUCCAUUUUAUGAUCGGUUCCAUUGGUUCAAACUUGUAGGAAGCUCCCCCAUUUUCCAUGGCUGUGUGAAUGAGCGCCUUGCCGACCGCACACCCUCCCCCACUUUUUCCACGGCUGAUUCCGACAUCACUGAGCUGGCUGACGAGCAGCAAGAUGAGAUGGAGGAUUUUGAUGAUGAGGCAUUCGUGGAUGACACCGGCUCUGACGCAGGGACGGAGGAGGGAUCAGAUCUCUUCAGUGACGGGCAUGACCCGUUUUACGACCGAUCCCCAUGGUUCAUUUUAGUGGGAAGGGCAUUUGUAUACCUGAGCAAUCUGCUGUAUCCCGUGCCCCUGAUCCACAGGGUGGCCAUUGUCAGUGAGAAGGGUGAAGUGCGGGGAUUUCUGCGUGUGGCUGUCCAGGCCAUUGCAGCGGAUGAAGAAGCUCCUGAUUAUGGCUCUGGAAUUCGACAGUCAGGAACAGCUAAAAUAUCUUUUGAUAAUGAGUACUUUAAUCAGAGUGACUUUCCUUCCGUUGCAAUGACUCGUUCUGGUCUGUCCUUGGAAGAGCUGAGGAUUGUGGAAGGACAGGGUCAGAGUUCUGAGGUCAUCAGUCCUCCAGAAGAAAUCAAUCGAAUGAAUGACUUGGAUCUGAAGUCAAGCACUUUGCUGGAUGGGAAGAUGGUCAUGGAAGGGUUUUCUGAAGAGAUUGGCAACCACCUGAAACUGGGCAUUCCCUUCACUUUCCGCGUGACAGUGCUGCAGGCCAGUGGGAUCCUCCCAGAGUAUGCAGAUAUCUUCUGUCAGUUCAACUUUUUGCAUCGCCAUGAUGAAGCAUUCUCCACUGAACCCCUCAAAAAUAACGGCAGAGGAAGUCCUCUGGGCUUUUAUCAUGUGCAGAAUAUUGCAGUGGAAGUCACUGAAUCAUUUGUGGAAUAUAUCAAAACCAAGCCUAUAGUAUUUGAAGUCUUCGGGCAUUAUCAACAGCACCCACUUCACCUGCAAGGACAGGAUCUUAACAGUCCUCCUCAGCCAUCUCGACGAUUCUUCCCUCCGCCCAUGCCACUCUCCAAGCCAGUUCCAGCCACCAAGUUAAACACCAUGAGCAAAACCAGCCUUGGCCAGAGCAUGAGCAAGUAUGAUCUUCUGGUUUGGUUUGAGAUCAGUGAAUUGGAGCCUACAGGAGAGUAUAUCCCAGCUGUGGUGGACCAUACAGCAGGCUUGCCCUGCCAAGGGACAUUUUUGCUUCACCAGGGCAUCCAACGAAGGAUCACAAUGACCAUCGUCCAUGAGAAGGGAAGCGAGCUCCAUUGGAAAGAUGUUCGUGAGCUGGUGGUAGGGCGGAUUAGGAAUAAGGCUGAGGUGGAUGAAGCUGCGGUUGACGCCAUCCUCUCCCUAAAUAUCAUCUCUGCCAAGUACCUGAAGUCUUCCCACAACUCCAGCAGGCUCUUUCUUGAUAAGGAUAUUCCUAGGACCUUCUACCGUUUUGAGGCCGUGUGGGACAGCUCCCUCCAUAACUCCCUCCUUCUCAACCGAGUGACACCCUAUGGGGAAAAGAUCUACAUGACCUUGUCGGCCUACUUAGAGCUGGAUCAUUGCAUCCAGCCAGCUGUCAUCACCAAGGACGUGUGCAUGGUCUUCUAUUCUCGGGACGCCAAGAUCUCGCCCCCACGCUCUCUGCGCAGCCUCUUUGGCAGCGGCUACUCGAAGUCACCAGACUCCAACCGAGUCACUGGAAUUUAUGAACUCAGUUUAUGCAAAAUGGCAGACACAGGUAGUCCAGGCAUGCAGAGGAGAAGGAGAAAAGUCUUGGAUACAUCAGUGGCCUAUGUGCGGGGAGAAGAGAACUUAGCUGGCUGGCGGCCCCGUGGGGACAGCCUCAUCCUGGAGCACCAGUGGGAGCUGGAGAAGCUGGAGCUCAUCCAUGAGGUGGAGAAAACUCGCCACUUCCUGCUGCUGCAUGAGAGACUUGGUGACAGCGCCCCCAAAUCCCUGAGCGACUCGUUGUCCCCCAGCCUGAGCAGUGGGACCCUCAGCACCUCCACCAGCAUCUCCUCUCAGAUCUCAACCACCACCUUUGAAAGUGCCAUCACACCCAGCGAGAGCAGUGGCUACGACUCCGCAGACAUUGAGAGCCUGGUGGACCGAGAGAAAGAGCUGGCCACCAAGUGCCUGCAACUUCUCACCCACACUUUCAACCGAGAAUUCAGCCAGGUGCACGGCAGCAUCAGUGACUGUAAGUUGUCGGAUAUCUCUCCAAUUGGACGGGAUCCCUCUGUGUCCAGUUUCAGCAGCUCAACCCUCACUCCCUCCUCGACCUGCCCCUCUCUGGUGGACUCUAGGAGCAACUCUGUGGAUCAGAAGACCCCAGAAGCCAAUUCCCGGGCCUCUAGUCCCUGCCCAGAAUUUGAGCAGUUUCAAAUUGUCCCAACUGUGGAAACACCAUAUUUGGCCCGAGCAGGGAAAAAUGAAUUUCUCAACCUUGUUCCAGAUAUUGAAGAAAUUAGACCAGGCUCAGUGGUUUCCAAAAAAGGAUACCUGCAUUUCAAGGAGCCAUUUUCCAGCAACUGGGCUAAGCAUUUUGUUGUGGUCCGUCGCCCUUACGUCUUCAUCUAUAACAGUGACAAAGACCCAGUGGAACGUGGCAUCAUUAACCUGUCCACAGCGCAGGUGGAAUACAGCGAGGACCAGCAGGCCAUGGUGAAGAGUCCUAACAUCUUCGCUGUAUGCACAAAGCACCGUGGGGUCCUUUUGCAGGCUCUCAAUGACAAAGACAUGAGUGACUGGUUAUAUGCCUUUAAUCCACUCCUUGCUGGCACAAUACGGUCGAAACUCUCCCUCAGAGGCUCGAGCCAGCCAAAGUACUGAGCGACUGCUGCGCACCCUCACGCGCCUUCCCAGAGAUAAAGGAAGUGUUACCUCUCGUUUCUCUUUGUGAUUCUUGACGGUUGCUCUUGUAUGUAAUCCUGUGGCUUAACUACUUUUCCCUCUUGUCCAGCACUUUUUCUAGCUCCUGUUCCCUAUCUCCAUUGCUCUGUACCCUUUUUCUUUUUUCCUGUGCUGAGAAUCUUGUUAGUAGCAUGUGGCCUAACAAAAGGGGAAAAACAUAUACAACAAAACAAAACAAACAAACAAAAAACAGAGAGAGGGAAAUCCAGUGACUCUCCAAAUUAUUUUUGGUAUAUCUUGGCUUCCUUUUGUAUGAGAGCUCCCCCUGUGACCACCUCUGAUGUCUGUACUGCUGUCUUUGGCUAUCUGUCUUUUUUCAAGACAACAUAAUACAUUUUUUUCUUUUCUCUGUGCUGUCAACUUUAAUUUUUCAUGGGUGGCUUAGAGACAAAGGGAGGAGACAUCUGGCCUUUUUGGAAGCUGAGAGGGAAAAGCUUACCUUUUUCCCUCUGUUGCUUUCUUCCCUCACUAAUCCCUGCGUUUCCAGUCAGGGAGAAGGUUGUGGUGAGCUCAGCAAUGGGACAGGUAUAUUCUCUGAAAUCGGGCUUGCUUAGAACAUGGUCAUGCAGUUUUCAGUCAGUGGAAGAGAAGAGAGGAGAGAGCUUUUAACAGGCCUGCGGCAGUGGCCGCUGCUGACUUGUCAAAAGGGAAGAGCCAAGAAUGUUGGGUUUCCAAGGAGCAUAGGGUGGGUGGAUGGGAGGGUCAGUAGGAUUCCUGUGAACUGUGCUACUCAUCUGAGAGGGAGCCUCCUCUCUGUUCUGUUCUUGGCAUUGGUGAUGAUGGCCCGUUUGCAAUCUGUGAUGUCAUACACAGAUGACCCACAAGGGGGAGUGCUUCGCUUUCUGACGAGGAAUUUGAUGGUCAUUGUGGUAAUGCUGAGUAAUGACCUUGUGAAUGUAGCUCCCGUUGAUCAAAGAAAUGCAGCUUUCACCUGUAAAUCUGGAAGUCUCCUCUGAACCCAGUGGUUAUUUUCAAUGAUCUCUGUCAGAUUGAAAAGACUUUCAGUGAUGCCUGUCCCUAUACUCAUCAAUAAGCAGACAUGGCAGACUUUGCUUUCUGGACCCAGGAUUAAAACCAGCCACUCCCACCACUAAAAACAAAACGAAAGGACAUCUGGGGGCAGAGAAGAGACCCCACCUGAGCCCUGGCCCCAGGGUUUCGUGGCGCACCCGCUGGCCUCACCUUGCUUCUCCAUGGGGUGUGGAAGCGGGUGUGGAAGUGUUGCCAGAGAGGGAAGGAGGAAGCUGAUAGUCUCCUGACAGGACAGGGUCAGCUCUUCCAGAUGCCAGCGUGGAAGAUACACUUUCUCUCAGCUGCCGGCAAGGGUUUCAGAGUGACAGGGAGGGGAAAGGGCCCCGGUUCCUUGAGUAGCUUUGCCAUUAGUCCGCUUGGGUUGUUUAUACCACCGUUUACCUCCCUUGCUCAGACCUCUCUGCUUGACCAUCCCGUGGGCAUUCAGGACAGUAUCUGCUGGUUCCCGCCCUGUGGAGACUGAGGGUCUCAGCCUUGGGGUUGCUGACUCUCAGGUGCUGGGGAACUGGAUGGCUUUGCCUUGGCAGCCAAGGGCAGGGGCCGCGCACUCUGUGGGGUAGUUGCUGGGCAGGCUCAGACCUUGCUUCCACCCUCCCCGGUUGGGCUCAUCUCAGAACAGGGCUUGCAGCUGCACUCCUUAUAAUUGCCUUGCAAAGAGGCGGAAGUGAGUCAGGGAGAGUGUAAUAAAAGAAAGGACAGAACCACAGGCUGUGCCCUUAUCUGAAAAGUGGUCAAUAAAACUCUAGAUUUUUUUAAACUUUCUUCUCCUUAAAACAUAGGUCACUAACAGUAAUGUUACUAGUUUUUCUAAGCAACAUUUUUAAUGUAGAGGUUUCCGUGUUGUUUAUUGGACACAAUAUGCCCUUCUGCUGUAUACCCCAAUCUAGGAUCUGUCCGUGCUUAGAGACAGCUUCCUGGGCCGGAAUUAAAUCUAAUUUCAGGGAAAUGACAUUGAAGGUUACUUUUAGAAUCAAAUCAUGGAUGCUGCUGCUGUUAUAAAGUUUGAUGGAAGGAUCCAUGUCUGUGUGGCAAUAGGUGGGGAAGGCUGAGGGAGAGUAAUUGUGUGAUACACUGAAAUGACUUUGGUUUCUUCUUCUAACUCAAACACAACUGGCUUGGAAAGUCUUUGCUUUGGAGUGUCAGCUCUUAGACUAGGCGGCACUGGACUGUUCGUCACGUGCCCAAGCAGGAAGGCCUCGUGAGAAUGCGGGGUCUCAUGUGCUCUCCCCGUCCGAGGGGCUUCUGCUGCGGCUGACAGGUACAGGCAGCCCCUUUUGGUACCCCCUCUUUCUCUAGGGCCCAUCUUCAAAUUGGAGCUGGAAGUUUCAGGGUUGAUGUUCCCUUUCCAGACAGUUUCAUCCCCACUUUGAAGUUCUGAGAGAGGGUUUCUGACAGAAACUCUUUAUGAGGCUUUAGCUGAAGCCAUGGGGCCAAGAAAGUUGAGGAAUGAACUUGACCUUUUAAGGAAACCACCUUUUGAGGGUUUUUAAUUUCUUUUUUUCCAAAUCACUCCUUUAAACAAGCAAAAAAAAAAAAAGCAAGACAGAAAACCCUUACACAAAUGAAGGAGACAUGAAUGCUAGUUAAAAGUAACCCUCUGCUCCCUCAGUCCCCAUCCUCCUCUCUCCUGCCAAAGCAAAAUACGGCCUCACAGCCCGCACCAAGCCAGGGCCAGGGCACGGGAAGGGCUGCUCUGGCAGCUGGGCGGGUCCUAAAUUCCAGCACACUGUUCACUGAUGGCAAGGGAAGAUGAUCUUCCCAACUAGGAAACCACUGUUUUAUGUAUCUGUUUUCCCUUCAGCUCUGUAGAACUUACACAGACACUCAGAGUUUUGCUGGAUAUUUUCCAGCUCUUUUAAGAUGAAAGAAUCAAUUAAAUCAUUGCAAAAGGCCUUUUGGGAUCUAAAAGUAAAAUGACUUCUCCUGGCACAUAUUUCAAAGCAAAGACUUUGUUGCCUGCUGCUUGUUCUCUAAUUAUUUAAUUAAAUUAAAUUCUGUAAGGUAUUUGUAUAUUUAUACAGCUGUAAUUAAUUGCACAUUGGACUGAAAAAGAGAGGCUGACCUCGCGUGUGGCACCUGCCGGUACCGGCAUCCCUGGUGCUGCCUGCCACUCGGUGCUCCUGGGCAGUGUCAGGGCUUGUUGUUGGUUUGUUUGACUGGGCUCCUGCAUCUUUCCUUUUGGGUCCUUUUUUAAAAUGUGAUUGUUAACCUGCUCCUUAAAGAGAAUUCUAACCCUGCUGCUGCUCACAGAAGCUGUGCUGAAUGUACUUUAAACAGGACUCUGACUCGGAGGACUGCAGCCGCCCACCCUGGAUGACUCAGCCAAGUGUGUGGCCAAACCCUUGCUGUGUGAGAUGGGAAUGCAUUGAUUUAUGUUUCCUUAGAAUCGAAUUAUCAGCUGAGAGAUUAUCUGCUUUUGUUGUUCAAAAGGCCAUUUAUGAAAUUCGUAUUCGAGCCCCAUAAAAUCUUGGGAAAGCCGCUAAAUCAUUUAAAGGAAGAAAUUAGAGUUGAUACAAAUUUCAUGUUAAAAACCCACAGCCAAGUAGCUGUACUCAGAUGGGAAGUCCGAGCUGAGGUUGGUCUCGCCAAACCUGGCUGUCAUGUGUCGUUUCGUGUCUUCGAGUUACUUUCACGCUGCGUGUUCGGGCAUCAGUUCGCCUGAGGGCUCCAUCAGCCUUCCCACGUGGAAGGCACCAUCUUAGACCUUGUGGCUCUAAAGUGUUUGUCCAUUGAGAUUUCAAUUCUCAUGUCACCAUCCUUGUGCAUUAAACAAACCCAUGAACAUAAGUGGCCUUUUUGAACCAGGACUUUGCAAACUGAUCUCUCCCCAGUGAAGGAGUUGAGCACAUCAGCAACAAUGUAUGUACAUUAUUAAUUUCUGAUUUUCAUUUUCAUGUUUUAUUAUGUAAAUAUUAUCUGAUGUUUGGAGCUUGGGUAUACAGAAUGUAAAUAUAGUUCCUGUAUUUGUACUAAUUCUGGUUCUUUUGCUGUAUAGCCUUAGAUGUGCAAUGCAGACAUUAUCUAACUGUGUAUGGUAACCUUGCAUCACGGAACUAUUAGUGAACGAGGUCAUAAUAAAGGUACACCCAGUGCACCA